AUGUUUAAAAGAAGCCUAAAAUUCGUCUUAAUUAUAAUUUGUCUGUUACCCUUUGGGAUUGCAGGUUGUGGACAGCGAACUUUGGUGACCCCGCCAAAACAGUCCCGAAUUUCAGGGGGCCAUUCUGCAUUAGAGGGUGCUUGGCCUUGGCAGGUGAGCAUACAGCAGAUGUUCUGGCAUAUUUGUGGUGGGUCCAUCAUCAGCCACCGGUGGGUAAUCACUGCAUCUCACUGCUUCAAGAAAAACAGAAACAACAAUAAACUUCUAGUAGUGGCUGGAGUGAAUUCUCGAUUCAAGCCAGGAAAAGGAGUCCAGUAUCGCACUGUCCAGAAAGUCAUCCUGCAUGAGAAGUACAACCAAUCCGAAUAUGACAACGAUGUGGCACUGUUGUAUCUGCACCACCCUUUCUAUUUCACAAAUUAUGUGCAGCCGGUGUGCAUACUGGAAAAUCAAAUGGACGAGAAACAACUCAACUUUGGUUUAUGUUACAUCACUGGAUGGGGCAGUUCAGUGUUGGAAGGAAAGUUAUACAACACUCUUCAGGAAGCUGAAGUAGAGCUCAUUGACACUCGUAUCUGCAACCAGAGAAGGUGGCAUAAUGGCCAUGUUAAUGACAACAUGAUCUGUGCGGGAUUUGAAACAGGGGGAGUCGACACCUGUCAGGGUGACAGCGGAGGCCCUCUGCAGUGUUACAGCCAAGACAAGGAAAGAUUUUACCUUUUUGGUGUGACAAGUCAUGGAGAUGGUUGUGCUUUGCCAAAGAAACCUGGCAUAUAUGCUCGUGCUAGUCAGUACACAGACUGGCUGAGAAAAGCUCAGGCAAUAUCUAUAUCUGCUGCUCCAGUCACAGAUCUGCCAGUUUUUAUUUUAAUCUCAGCCCUGUUUUUCUCUGCAUGGAUGGGGCUGUCAAUGUGA